AUUGGGGAAACAGGAGAAAUGCUUGGAUAUAAUGAUGACCCUGAUGAAGAAAUUCGUAUGUUUAGUGGGCAUGGUUUUGAAUUUCAGUCGUAUUUAGAAAAUAAUAAUGCCCAAAGUUGCAUUCAGGCAGAUCCAUAUGAUCAUAUAUAUCAAAAUUUACCCACUGAUUAUCAUCUUCUAGAUCCAGUUCCUGACUGUAGGCAUUGCAAUGCAAAAAGGUUCCAGUAUGAGAAACCAACGUUUUGUUGCAUGGGUGGAAAAGUUAAAAUAGUAACUCCACCAGUCCCUGAUGAAUUACGUCGACUGUACAGCAGCCAAGAUCCAGAUGCGAAGUAUUUCCGGGAUAACAUACGUUACUUCAAUUCUCACUUCUCCUUUACAUCUCUUGGUGUUGUCUUGGAUCAACGUUUUUGCAAUAACAGAUCUGGAGUUUACACAUUCCGCGCACAAGGUCAAAUUUAUCAUCGAAUUGACCAAUUAGUGCCAAAGGAUGAUGGGCCCAAGCAUCUACAACUGUACUUUUAUGACACUGAUGCAGAUUUACAGCAAAGAUUUCGUCAUUCACCUAACCUUGAUAAAGAUCUCAUCAGAAAAUUGUUGGGCAUACUCUCAUCUAAUCCUUAUGUCCAUAUCUUUAGAAGUCUCGGCUCCAUUCCAAACCUUUGCGAGUAUAGGAUUGAGCUCAACACAAAUAUUGCUUUAGACCAGAGAGUAUAUAAUGCUCCGACAGCAUCACAGGUGGCAGCAAUUUGGGUCGAGGGAAGCGAUCCUCGAGGUCAUUUUGAUAGAAGUAUCAUGAUUUAUGGUGUAUCAGACCGUCCACAAUAUAUAAAAGCAUAUCAUGGUUGCUAUGAUCCACUAUCAUAUCCGUUGUUUUUCCCAAACGGAGAGGUCGGAUGGAACUUGGAUCUGCCCAGAUUAAGUCGACAUGCUAGGAAAAUAAUAGACAAUCAAGCAAAUGAUUUUGAUAUAGAAGGAAUGCUAGAGAAUAGUUCUGGUUCUUGCAUCUCACCAAGAGAAUAUUAUUGUUUCAAGCUGCAAAUUAGACCUGGGAAGUUUAACAUCUUACUCUUUGGAAGAGAGGCCGCAGAAAGAAGGGGUCUGAUUGAGGCUGAUUGUAGUAUUUCUGAUUGUCUGAGCGAGGCCGCGGCAUUUGCAAUGCCUUCUGCCUUUAGAAGGCUUUUUGCUACAAUAUUGGUUUUCUGUGAGGUAAAAAAUGUCCGUGAAUUAUGGGAAAAGCAUUUUGAGGCCAUGGCUGAUGAUUUUCAGCAGGGCAGCGCAACUGAUAAAGAAUCUAUAGAGCAGAUGGUACUUAGAGAUAUUAGUGAUAUCCUAUAUUCAAUGGGGAAGAACAUCAGUUGCUUUGAUCUUCCAGAAAUGCUAGAUGGCACUGGGUUGGAUGGCUCUAAUUGUAGAGAAGUAAUAGAAGAGAUGUCUAUUAAUAUUGAUCCAGAGCAUCUGGACCUUUAUGCAACACUAAAUUGUGAGCAAAGACUUGCCUUUGAUGAGAUAAUGCAUCACGUCCUACAGAAGAAGAGUAAGGUAUUCUUUAUUGAUGGUCCAUGA